AUGUUUGACUGUAAAAAACAGAGAGAAAAAAUAUUUUUGCAAAUAAUUAACAGGUUUAAUUCACACGGUACACGCUGUGCAGGUGAAAUUUCUGCAGCUAGAGAUAAUGGAGUUUGCGGGGUCGGUGUUGCUUAUGACAGUAAAGUUGCCGGUAUACGAAUGCUUGACCAGCCAUACAUGACUGAUUUAAUAGAGGCUAACUCUAUGGGACACGAACCAAACAAAAUACACAUUUACUCUGCAAGUUGGGGACCGACAGAUGAUGGAAAGACUGUUGAUGGACCGAGAAAUGCUACAAUGCGGUGAUUAAAAUUUUAUAAGUUGAAAAAGUCUUGAGACAAUAAAAAUUGUGAUAAAAUCGAAGACUCGAAAUGAUACGUUCCCCCUCCUAGACUCUUUCCAACUUUUCUCUUUUCUAUAUAAUUAAUAAAAAGAGGUAAGCUUU